GCGCAUUCAUACGAGGCAAACUACUGUUGUCUGAACAAAAUUAUAAGCAAUAAUACUGCUAUUUUCGGUAGUCUAUUGCAUCAUUUCGUAAGUUGAAGUGAACUGAAUAACGUAUUAUUUAUGUUUGAAGUAUUCACGUUCAUGUGGUAAACUUACUAAGUAAAUUAAAAUGGACGAAGAAGCAAAUAUUAGUUUUCGAGAUUUUGGAUUAGAUGAUCGUCUUUUAGAAGCCAUUUCUUGUCUGAAUUGGAAGGAACCAACUUUAAUUCAAGAGAAAGCUAUACCAUUAGCAUUAGAAGGUAAAGAUAUUUUGGCACGUGCUAGGACUGGCUCUGGAAAAACUGGAGCUUUUCUUAUUCCUAUUAUUCAACAAAUUUUGCAGCGGAAGAAGACAAACUUUAUUCAAGAAACCACAGUCUUAAUAUUAGCACCUAGUAAAGAACUUUGUAAGCAAAUUUAUAGAAAUACUACUGAUUUGACUCGGUUCUGUUCUCGAGAUGUUACGUUUUUUGAUGUUUCUCCUCAAGUUGAUUUAAUUUCUCAGCGUCCUUUGCUAUUAGAAAAACCAGAUAUUGUUAUUGGCACUCCGUUACGUGUUCUGGCCCAUUUUCAAGAAAACAACUUAUGUAUUCAGGAAUCUUUAAGGACUCUAGUUGUUGACGAAGCAGAUUUGCUGUUCUCUUAUGGAUGUGGCAAUGACGUCAAUAAAAUUUUAGCCUAUCUUCCUUCAAUUUACCAGGCCUUUCUAAUGUCUGCCACAUUGUCUGAUGAAGUAAAGAAUGUAAAGAAGCUUGUUCUACAUAACCCAGUUGUCUUGAAAUUAAAAGAACCAGAAUUGCCAGAGAGUGAUCGAUUAACCCAGUAUCAUAUUAAAUGUGAGGAAGAAGACAAAUUUGUUCUCAUUUAUGCAUUAUUAAAAUUAAGACUUAUUCAAGGCAAGUCUUUAAUUUUUGUCAGUUCUGUGGAUAGGUGUUAUCGUUUGAAGCUGUUUUUAGAACAAUUUGCAAUAAAGAGUUGUGUGUUGAAUUCUGAAUUGCCAGCUGCGUGUCGUUGUCAUGCUGUCAGUCAGUUUAACAUGGGAAUUUAUGACAUCAUCAUUGCAUCAGAUGAGCGUGUUGCUGAUGCACCAAAUUCUGGACCAGUUAGAAAGAAAAUAAAAAAAGACAAAGAAUAUGGAGUAUCAAGAGGGAUUGACUUCCAGUUUGUUUCCAAUGUUAUCAAUUUUGAUUUUCCACCUACUGUUGAGGCUUAUGUUCAUCGAGUUGGACGCACAGCCCGAGGUAAUGAUGAAGGUACUGCAUUAUCUUUUGUGAGUUCAAAAGAAAUGGAAUUGCUAAAGAAAGUUGAAGAUUACUUUACUGAUGAAUCUGGUCAAACUAAAGCCCAGUUUAAACCUUACUUGUUUAAAAUGGAAGAAUUGGAAGGUUUUAAGUAUAGAGCGAGGGAUGCAUUUCGUGCAGUGACAAAGAUAGCAGUAAGAGAAGCUAGAUUGAAAGAAAUCAAAUCUGAACUUUUAAAUUCAAGGAAUUUAAAGCCUUAUUUUGAAGACAAUCCAAGAGACUUACAAAUUUUGAGACACGACAAAUCUCUUCACACAGUAAAACUUCAUUCACAUUUGCAUGAUGUUCCUGAAUAUAUUAUUCCCCCUACUUUAAGAAAUGUUGUUAGAAAUUCAGAGCGAAAGAAGAAACCAAGAAAUAAAUCAAAAACUGGAAAAGCUAAAGAGGGUCAAGCAAGUAAGAAUUACCGGAGAAAACAAAAAGAUCCUUUAAAAAGUUUUCAGUUUGCUGGUUUAACUGAACUAGAAAGCAGGAAAAAAAAGAAAAAAGUUUAAAACAUGUUCUUGUUGAAUAAAUUUUUUUUUCCAGAUUUAA